AUGGAAUAUUUUAGCAAAAUUAGUGAAAGUAAAACAGAAUAUAAUUUUGAUGCCAAAUUUUGGAUGGCAACAAGCCUUUCAAUAGGGUUAGGUGUCAAUAAAGAUGAAGAACGUGCUUAUAAUUACUUUAAGGAAUUUGAUUCUGAUAUGAAACCAAAACUUACAAUCAUUGUGAUUAAUGAUCAUGUGUGGGAUUGGUAUUAA